AUGGCGUCUCAGCGUCGAACACCACGAAAUCGCAGUACCAACCCCGCCAACAUGACUGUGGCCAUGCUUGACCGUGCCGUACCUUAUACCUCGCUGAUGCACGACUGGGUGCAAGGCUCUCCACAACACUUUCAGGAUCGCCUGGUGCUGAUCGGCUCUCCUGACGGGGAUUACAACCCCUCUCAUUCGCACCUUCCGGCCACGCCGUACCUAUACCCGCCGUCGAUUCACAGCAGCUCAUCCAUGGCGCCUAUGCGUCGCCAACCCUGCGCAUCCACCGCCUCCAAUCACCCGCCUUCGCUAACCUCCUGCCACACACGAACCGAUACCAGUACAGACAGCUCCGUCUGCACAGGCGUCGCGGAUCAGAUUCUGGGUUUCUCGUUGCUAGAGGAAGUCGGUGGCGUGUUGGUACAGCCGUUUUCCGAAGUGGAGGCGCCCGUUUACGAAUGUGUGUUCUGGUUCUUGAACUGCCAUUACUUGACGCAAGACAGGAAUGAGUGGAAAACACACUGCCUCAGCCACUUCCACGGCGAAGAUCCACCACGUUCUGUAAUGUGUCCGUUGUGCGGCUGGGAGACAUCCCGCAGUCACGGCUCAGAAGCAUGGGGCCUUCGAAUGCACCAUCUUGCGGACGGACACUUUGCGUUUGGUCAAAACUUGCGCACAUCGCGGCCGGAUUUCCAUCUCUUCCACCAUCUUUGGCAGAAGCGUCUCAUCGGCGACCAAGACCUGAAAGAGUUGAAAGGUGGCAACCACAACCUGACACACGCGCCGAGUAACUUUGUGACAACACAAGGACGAGGGCCGCUACGCGAGAGAAACGGUAGAGGCGUCGGACGGCAGAGGUUGCAGCACGUCCCCGAAGGACAGACACGCCGCCGCUAA